UUUGCUUAUCUAUAGUUAUGCAAUUCGGAGGUCAGCAUCCAGGUGGUCUUGGGGUUCCUGCUGUUGGCAUGGCAUUUCCUGGAUAUGUUGCACAGCCACAUGGUUUGGGAAAUUCUGAAAUGACAUGGCUACCAGUUUUGGCGGGUGCUGCUGGAGCUUUGGGGGCUACAUAUUGUUCACCUUACAUUGCUGUUGAUGGUUCUUAUAAUGCUCGCCCAUCUGGACAGACUUCUUCAGUGGGAUCCUCGAGCAAAGAGAAUAAUACAAAUAAAUCAAAUAAUGAAUGGAAGCCUUCCCAGAGACCUGAGCUUGUGAGUGAUGAAUUUGGGCAGCGACAAAACAACCCAAAUAAGCAGCCUCGCAGAUACUCGGAGAUGAGCUUUAGCAAGUGAUAUACUUAGUUAACAUCAAUCUUGUUUGAAUAAGCUGAUGAAGGCCUUGUUCCAGGCCCUUUGUGAUCUCCAGCUUUUGUCCUGGAGCACACUCUGGGCCGCAAUUUGUUCCAGGAUAUCUUAGUUAUAUAUGACAAACACCUGAUCAUGCUGCAGUCAAUUUGAGAACAUGUUGUGGCUUGACGGGUGGGAGUCCCAUGUCUAAAUCUGCGGUUUAUCUUGUGGCUUUGGUUUUAUUAGUGAAGCUUGUUACAAAUUAUUGCAGGCUUCUCCAUGGGAAAAGAACAAGAAGUAUUGUGCGCAAGCUAUUUGAUUUGGUGAAGUUGAAUAUUUCUAUAGAGAUGUAUUUCUUUUUCUUAAAGACUCUUCAUGAGAACCUUAUCUUUCUGAUUGAGUAGUUUAACCUGGCAUCUAAGAUACUUUAAACUCCUUUUCAGGAGACUCAGCUGUCAUUAUUUGUUUUAUGGACACCUAUAGCCUUUCAUGGAGUGUAUGUAAUUGAGUGGGUUGUUGACAGUAAGUGACGGAUUGCAUUGGGUAUAUAGUAACACAUAUAUAAGUAUAUACGUAAUAUACAAAGAUUUAUGUGUC